AUGGCCGAAAAACGCUUGUUUAGGGAAUUCAAACAGCUUAGGCACACACCUGCCAGUUGCAGCAAUCCACAGAUUUUGGAACUCGCGCCUGUGGAUGCCGAGGAGUCCAUUUUCAAAUGGUUUGCCACCAUAGUAAAGCGAGACAGACACGACUCACUCUUUUAUUAUAAUGGCCAGUGGGAGCUCGAUAUCACCGUUCCGCCGCUGUAUCCCAGCAAACCGCCACGGAUAACAUUUUCGGCGGAAUCGAAAAUCACUCAUCCAAAUAUCAACUUCGAUACGGGAGAAAUUUGUCUUGAUAUUUUGAAGGACGAGCUGUGGUCGCCCGCCUGGAAUUUGGAGCAUUUGGUGGGUGCAGUUCUCAUGCUACUAGAUGAACCCGAGCCAGACUCGCCUUUGAAUGUGGAUCUGGCAAAUCUCUUUCGUUCGGAUAAGCUAGCCUUUGAGAGCGCCGCACAAUAUACCAUGUGGAAAUAUAACACCCUU